GAAGAAGAAGCAGCAAUAGCUACUGUAAAAACAGAACAACAGAAGUCCAAAAUGGAGGAAGCUGACGUGGGUGUGUUAAUCUUGUGUAAUUCACUUUAUUAGCAGAAUCAAUUUUCGAAUCAUUUUGCAUUUUUUAUUUCUACAUUCGUCACACAAAACCAAUACAACGGUUUAACUGUGAGCUUCUCAAGUGAACCUGGUGUAUUUUCUAGCUAGCGGUGUAUGCUAUCGUUGCUAGCCUGAAAGCUAGCUUCUGCUGCUGCCACAUUUCACCUUUAUAAUUACACAAUCACACGAAACAAUUCGCUUAUCUGCACUGUGCUGCGAAGGACACAACAUCAGCUAUUAUGGAGGUGGACGAGAUGGAGCUCCAAGAGUCCGACAAGAGGGUCGAAAACCAGACAAAGAGAGAUGAAGAAAGAGACGAUGAAGAAAAUAUGUCAGAUUUCCCAUGCAAGUCUGUUGCCUCCACAAAUGAAUCUCUCAGCAAAGAGACGGAAUUGAAGGACGGUCCGGACUUGCUCAAUGUAAAAAGAGCCGUGGUUGUUUUGACCCGACUCCCUGACUAUAAGAUCAGCGCUCUGCGACCACCAACGCCUCCGCAGUUCUACAGCGAAGACGACUCCCUCAGCAGCUCUGACUCUGAUAUGCAGUGGGAACCAGAAGAUGAUUCUAGUGACGCUGAAUUCUCGCUUUCACACAACAAAAAGAGAACUGGAAGACACGCUACUGCACACACAAGCAGGAUGAACAACAACAACGUCAAUGCGCCAGAACAAGCCCCUGUAAUAAUAUCAUCGGUUUUCGCCCAUUGCUCCAAUGAAACCACGAAGGUCCGCCCGAACUUGCCAGAAGUAGAGGUCAUAGUGGACACGGUGGUCCUGGCCAGGAAGAGAACCAUGAGAUGGCAACGUGGAAAAAUAUUGGAUAUGGUGACGAGGGAAGAUGGACGGUUGAAGUACAAAGUUGGUUUUGAUGAAAAGGGGAAGAGCCUGGUGUCUGGCCACCACAUCGCCUUUGACGUCACACCGAAGCUGGAGCAGCUGUAUGUUGGUGCUCGCGUGGUGGUCAAGUGUCAAGAUAACACGUUCUUCUACCGGCCUGGUAUUUUGGCAGAGCUCCCCAGCAGAAAGAACCGCUUACGGUUCUUAGUCUUUUUGGAUUGUCACGUGGCGGUCUAUGUUGGCUUGCCUUUAUUCCACCUGGUGUGCAGACCGCUGGAAAAUGUGGUUGACGACAUUCCAGAAUGUCCCCACAAGUCUUUCAUGACGCAGUACCUGAAGGACUGGCCGUACCCACAUCUAACCCAGUACAGGCCUGGACAGAGCCUCAAUGUCGAGUUCAGUGGAGUCCAGCAGAGGUGUGAGGUACAACUGGUCGACAGCAGCUUGAUGCAGGUUCUUUUUCAGGAUACUCAACACAAGGAGUGGAUCCAUCGAGGCUCCAUGCGACUUGAACACAUGGCAAGAUUUUUGGAAAUGAAAGCAGAAGAGCACAGAAAUGAUUCUGACUAAAUGCCCACCGACAGAAAUCAUGAUACACGUAAUGUGGCUAACACAUUUAUAGAAAAAAAAGAAAUGAAUUUCCUGUAAUAUCCAUCAUUAUGCUGAAGGGAUGUGCCAUUGUUUUUUUUUUUUUUGUUUUUUUUUUUAAGGCAUCAUCAGCUGAUCUGUUACAGCCCAAAGUAAGAUUUGUAAAUUAUGAGGUGACUGACUCAAGAACGACAUAUAUUCCAAUCCUUUGUUUUCUAUCGUUAAUACUUUCAUUUGUUGUACAUAUGUCAAGAUGUAGCUACUUGGUGGAUUGUUGCACUUCUAAGUAAAGUUUUCCACCAUUAAAACAUAGUGAACAAGUUUGUCCAGAAAUGUAAAUGUAUCUUAAGAACAGUUAAAGGUAAGUAAUAUUUAAGGGAAACUAUCCAUCAUCGUCCUCCUACACGUUUGGCACACAGGAGAUGUUGCAAGCUAGACGACGUCAGAUCCUACAAACUGCACCUUUAAGUUCAAACAAGCAAUUUAGCAUGUCGCAGACAAGAAUAUUAGCUUCCUAUUUUGCUGUUUAUUUCGCUUUUUCACAGUGUGACACUCCCAGAUUGAUGAUUUAAAUAAUGCAUUUAAUGCAGACUUUGUAUCGGUCAAAUAUUUGUAGUGAUAUUUGUUUUGUAGAAGUUGAUGAGUUCCGGGAAGCUGGAAAUAUUUUUGCAUAAAAUUCUUCAAUUGUAUAAUUUUAUUUGAGUAUGUCACAACACAUACAAUUCAUUAAGGUGACAUAUUUAUCCAAAGCGACUUACAAUUGGUGCGUUCGACCGUGUGGGUACUACAACAAAAAUUUGCAAAAAAAAUAUUCAGGUACAUCAACUUCAUCAAAUAUGCUAAACUGCUCUAUUUAUUUAAAAUGUUCUGGGUGAUGGUGCACAGUGAGCAGAUGUGUUUUCAGUCUGCGAUGGAGACGUGGAGCUUGUUCCAUCAUUGUGGAGCCAACACCGCAAAACGUUUUGAGCUUUUACAUCUGCAUUGUCUUUUUUUACCUGUUUAGUUCUGGGCCCCGUUCUUAAUACGUAAAUAACCGUGUUCAAGUUUAGAAUGUUGACAAUUUGGCUUGAGUCUUUGUUUUUUUUUUUAAAGCUGUUAUAAUCUAUAUCAGGGACACGGUCUCUUUUAAAAGGCUCAAUAAUGACCCAGACGGUCUACUGUGAAGCGUUCAUGAAUGGAUUUUUACAUACAAAUGGCUUACCUUGUUAGAUUCAUAAAUAAAGACUAUGUAAUGAUGA